CAAGGUGGAUUCGUGAUUGUGAAUGUAUUUUAAUUAUUAUAUUGCUAAUCUUUAUAGAUAAUAAGUGCAGAUUGUAUAGGAAUAAUCAGUAAAAGAUCCCCUUAAACAUGGAUUACUCCACUAUCAGUAACAAGACUAACUAUACAGAAGCAGAAGAAUUAACAAAUGGUGAGCUAAGUGAGCGUUAUUAUUUACUCAAGAAACAAUACGAUAACUUAUCGAGCAGUUAUGAAGCAACAAAACAAGAACUACACGAUGCUAGAAGAAGUUACCAAACUGCCUUGGACGUUCAGAGACAUUUGACCGCAGAGUUAGAAAGUUAUCAGGCUGACGAUGCUCGUCGAAAGAAUGAUCUGACUUCACGUAUAACUUCGUUGCAAGAAGAGAUUUCCGAGCUGAGGGAAGAGCGGACAGAAAUUACUGAACGACAUGCGGUAGAAAUUAAAAAGUUCGAAACACAAAUUCGGAAUUUGAAAGAGGAGCAAUCGCUUAAAGUGAGGGAAAGUCCUGAGCGGGAUAAUUCGGAGUUGGAAGAGGCUCGAAGGACUGUUAACAGCGCUUUAUCUGAUGCUGCUUCAGCGAAAGAGGCGCUUGAGGAAGCGAAGAUGGAGAUUGCGUCAUGGCGGAUGAAAGCUGAAGAGAUGAUAUCGGAAAUGGCAGAGAUGCGUGUGGCAGCGGAUUUGCGUAGGGAGGAACUGAGAGCAGCUAAUGAGCGGGAAGCUACUGCGCUUGCUGAGUUAGCUGAAGCUAAAGCCAUGCUGCAUCAGUGCACAGACACCCAGCAGGACCUGCAACCACAUGCUGCAAAAGGCAAUUCCAUAUUUGCUGAAGUUGAGGACAAGAGGCAGGAAAUGGUCAAGAGUCUCACACAAAUGAAACAAACUAAUUCUAGGUUGAGACGAGAGCUAGCCAACAAGCAAGCUGAGGUAGAUGCCUUACUACAUGAGAAGCAGACGGUCUGGGAGCAACAAGCCGGAGCUGCAGCCCACUACGACAGAGAACUUAUAGAAAGCUACGAGGAGCGCAUCACGCAGCUGGAGGGCGCGUGUGAGAAGCAGCGGCGGGAGCUGGCGCGGUGGUUCAGCAAGCCCUGCGACCACAACGUCAACGACUGGCUGCCGGCUGUGCUAGAGCAUUUGAAGUCAGAAUGCGAGCAACUAAGAGCCGACGUACUAUCGAGAGGCGCCGCUCAGCUCGCCAGCGCCGCCCAAGUGAGGGAACUAAGAAGAAAACUAGCUCUUCUCACUGCAAACACCACAAAACUGUCCCCUGCAAGCAAACUUGAUACUAAUGGUGAAGAUAAUAAGGUCGAUAUUGUCAUGCAAAGAGUGCCAGUGCAAGUUAGAAGUAAAGCUAAUGUUGAUGAUGUUAAGAAGAAAGUGUCUUUUAAUUAGUAGGUUAUACAUAGUGAUAUUUUAAUAAGUAAUAGCUGUGUUGUGAUAUGAUAUAGAAGUGGUGGGAUUCAUGUCUUGUAAAUGUUUGAAAAAAAAAGAAAAGUUACAUAAAACAUUUUUUUUUUUUAUGGAACUUGUAUAAACUUUAGAUGCGGGUCAUCUGUGUAAUAAAAACUUUGUUCUCGUCAUAUUCCAAUGCAGCAACAAAUUGUAUGUUAUCUUAAAAUAAGCAAUCAAUAAAUUAAAGACUUAUUAUAAACAGAA